AUGUGGGCAUGUUGCGAAUUCUUGCUACCUGUCUUUGUGCAGUUAGGCGCCGUGAUAGACCGACGCGUGAUCACGCUGUACACCCAGUGGGGUCCACUGCCGGUGCCGGUGCUGUGCCCCUACUGCAAACGCCAAAUUGUCACAAAGACCGUUUACCAUUCGGGAUUCCUCACCUGGAUGCUCUGCGGUGCCCUAGCCGCCAUCGGGUGCUUCUUCGGCUGUUGCCUGGCGCCCUUCUGCAUUCGAGGUUGCCAGGACAUCUCCCACGUCUGUCCCGAGUGCAACAGGGUGUUGGGCACCUUCCGCAGGGUGUAGGCGACGGCGUGGCGUGCGCGAGCUCUGCGCCAGUCAGGAAGGAAGGUGAUGGACGCUUCGUCGGGCUCCUCCAAACGCUCUUCGGGCGUCAUGUCCCGUGACAGGGCCAGCCCGCCGCGCAAAGUGUCUGGUUCGGCUUCACCCAAUAUUCCCUCGG